AACCACAUUGCCAGGAGGCCCGGCAACAGCCACCCUGACAGUUUCUGGGAAGUGCACAGUGUUCCCUCCGGGCCACCUGGCAGCCAGGUACAGCCCUGCCCCCGGCCCCUCCCUCACCUGGGCAGUCCCUGCCCAGCCGGCUGCUAGAGACGGAAACACAGCUGCACCUGGGGCCAUGGAGGGGAGCCUUAUGUUGGAACCGGAGGCCUGGGGCUCCUCUGGGGCGUGGCCGGCACCUCGGGAGGCCAGAGCAGGCCCGUCACUCUCCUCUGUGCUGAAUGAGCUCCCCAGUACUGCUACUCUCCGGUACCGAGGCCCUGGGGUGCCGCCUUGGGGGGCACUGGAGGAGGAUGAUGAGGAUGGAGAGAGGAGCAUCCAGGCCUUGGCAGAAGCCGCCCAAAAGGAGCUGCAGGAACCUCACGCUUCCCGGGAACUGCCCUGGCCAAUGCAAGCCAGACGGGCACACAGGCAGAGCCACGACAGGGACCAAGCGGCUCUGGGCUCGGGGUCCAGGGUGACCCACUGGGCCCUGAGGCUUCGCAGGUCCAAGGAGAAGAUGCGGGAAGGCUUGCGCACCUUGCUGCCCUGGGCGUGGACGCUGAAGAGGAUUGGGGGCCAGUUCGGCGCCGGCACCGAGUCCUACUUCUCUCUGCUUCGCUUCCUGCUGCUCCUCAACCUGCUGGCCUCGGUGCUCAAGGUCUGCAUGGCGCUGCUGCCCACCUGGCUGGAAGGGGCGCCUCCUGGUCCCACUGACUCUGGCACCUCCUCGCCCUGCGGCUCCUACGACCCCCGCCCCCAGGGCCUGAUCGCCUUCCCCACCCAGCUCUUCAACUUGCUCUCUGGAGAGGGUUUUCUAGAAUGGUCUUAUCUCUUCUAUGGGUUCUACCCGCCCCGCCCGCGCCUGGCCGUCAGCUACCUGUGCUCCUUCUUUGUCAUUGGCGUCCUCCACAUGCUGCUCAUCCUGCGCCGCUCGGUGUCUUGGCUGAAGCAAAUGUUGUUGGCUGAGUCAGGGGCCAUGACCAGCUACAGCCAUCGGGUGUUCUCCGCCUGGGACUUUGGCCUCUGCGGGGAUGUGCACGUGCGGCUGCGCCAGCGCAACAUCCUAUACGAGUUGCAGGUGGAGCUGGAGGAAGCCGCGCUGCGGCGCCACGCUGCCUUGCGGACCCUGGGGCAGCAAGCGAGGUUGUGGUCCUGGCGGAUGCUGCUCCACCUGCUGGUGCUCGCGCUCCUGGGGGCAGCCCUCUACGGCAUCUACUGGGUUACAGGGUUCACUGCGGAGCUGCAGGAGAGGCCCAAUGUUCAGCAGACGCCGCUGCUAAGGCUCGUGGUGAAUUACCUCCCGUCCAUCUUCAUCUCCGUGGUCAACUUUGUGCUGCCACCCGUGUUCAAGCUCAUUGCCUCGCUAGGGGGCUAUACCAGGAGCCACCAGAUUGUUCUUAUCCUGCUCAGGACCAUGGUUCUCCGCCUGGCCUCUCUGCUGGUCCUGCUCGUGUCUCUCUGGAAUAAGAUCACUUGCGGGGGCAAUUCGGAGGCUGAAGAUUGCAAAACCUGUGGCUACGAUUACAAAGAACUUCCAUGCUGGGAGACUAAGGUGGGGCAGGAGAUGUACAAACUCCUGCUUUUUGAUCUGCUGACGGGCCUGGCAGUUGCGCUGCUCCUCCAGUUUCCUCGAAAGCUGUUCUGUGGGUUCUGUCCCGGGGCGCUGGGUCGCAUGAUGGGGACCCAGGAGUUCCAGGUACCCGACGAGGUGCUGGGGCUCACCUACGCGCAGACGGUGGUCUGGGUGGGGAGUUUUUUCUGCCCUCUGCUGCCCCUGCUCAACACGGCCAAGUUCCUGCUGCUUUUCUAUUUGAAGAAGUUCACCCUCUUCUCCACCUGCUCCCCGGCCUCCCGCACCUUUCGGGCCUCCACGGUGAAUUUCUUUUUCCCCCUGGUCCUUCUCCUGGGUCUGGCCAUCUCCGCCGCUUCUGUGCUGUAUGGCAUCUUCCUGAUCCAGCCUUCUAAGCUCUGUGGUCCAUUCCGGGAGCUGUCAUCCAUCUGGGCCCAGAUCCCUAAGUCUAUUUCCAGCCUCCCUCAGACCACCCAGAACUUCCUUUUCUUCCUGGGGACCCAGGAUUUUGCUGUGCCCCUUCUGGUGCUCUCCAGCAUCCUGAUGGCGUAUACCCUGGCCCUCGCUAACUCAUAUGGACGCCUCAUCUCUGAGCUCAAACGCCAGAUAAAGACGGAGGCGCAGAAUAAAGUCUUCCUGGCACAGCGUGCUGUGGCGCUGAGUUCGGCCAACGGGGCUCUUUGACCUCCCCAGCCUGGCUCAGGGUGACGGCCCACUUUCAGACCCAGACCUGCCCCCAGACCCUUUGUAAGCCUCUGCCAUGUCAUCUGUAAAAUGGAAGAACUGGAGAAGACCCCACGCCCUUCCAGCCCUAGAAUUCGCUGCCAAGUCCCUGACUCCCCAGUGAACCUCUUUCUUGUAUUAAUAAACACAGUCGUGGCUGCUGAGCGCUCUUUGAAA